AUGAGCUGUCUUACAGAAUCUCAAACUUUACCUGACUAUUAUCAAAUAUUAGAAAUUUCACCUUCUGCUCCAGAACAAGAGGUUAGAAAGGCCUAUAGAAAAUUAGCAUUAAAAUAUCAUCCAGACAAAAAUAUAAAACAACGUGUUAUUACGUCAAAUACUACGGUAAACGAACACUUUAUUUCAAUCAACGAAGCUUAUAAUAUUCUGGGGAAUGCAGAGACUAGAGCUAAUUAUGAUGUACACCGUCUUACCGGUACCUCACCUUUAAAUCACCCUCCUAGCACGUUAGAUAAAAUGCAUAAGAGAUUUCGUGAAAUCAUGAAAGGCAAAGAAAUUAUUUCAGAGCUUUCUAAAUUAUUUAUGGAUAGAUCAGUCGAGUUAGGUUGGGUAGCAGUUAAUACUGAAAAACAACUUUUUAGUGCAUAUGAAAGGGAAAUAUCUUUAAUAGAAUCAAGUAUUCUUUCUGAACCUGAAGAAUCUUCUUUUAUUGAUUCUGAUGAUCAAUAUGAUCAUGACCUUUCUGUUAAUUACCUUCCUGAAGAUGAUAUUAUUCAAAUCGUAGAAAAUCCUCAAUGGAUAGUUAUUGAUAAAGAAACUUUAAUUCGUAGUAAUUUAUUUUCUGAUUUUGUUGAAUCGCAAGAUUUACUUAUUAAAUCCAUUUCAGAUGUAGUUUCACCAUUAAUGAUGGCUUGUUCUUAUGGCACGUGGAUGAAUGAUAGUAAGGUGGCAGUAUUGGAUCGAAUUAAAUUAUUACAAAGAAGAAUUACAAAAUAUUUAGAAGUUAUGAACCAAAAGAUUAAUGCAGAUGAUCAAGCUCUUGAUUUCAUAAUUGAUAAAAUAAAAACAGGAAAAAUUCAGGAACAAAUCGCAAACUUAAGCAAACAUCCCAUAAUGGAUAAAAUGGAUGGCGGUAAAUUCGGUCAAAAUGUACAUCCAUUAUUGAAUUUAGCCGCAUUAAUAGGGCCAACAUUUGCGGGAUGUGCAGUUACUGUUCAUUUCAAUGAAGGGGAUUUAGAAAGUUUUAUAAAAUUUAUCGAUUUAUUUGAUCGCGUUGUUGCAUUGUUUGUAAAUGAGUUUCAAAUAGAUAUUACUAGAUAA